AUGGAAAUUCAUCAACAACUAACGCUCGAAACAGACACGAGGCCACCAAAAUUACUUUACAAAAAUACAAAAUGGAAAGCAUUCACUAAACACCUAAAUGAACAAUACCAACUGGAAAUAUCGGAUGACAGAAACCUAACAAAAACAGAAAUAGAAGAAUACUUGAAAAAAAUCAACCAACACAUUUUAAACGCAAUAGAAAACAAAAUACCAAAACUAGAAAAGCAAGACAGCCCAAACCACUACAUAACAAACAGGAUAAAAAAAUUACUCAAAUUUAAGUCAAUUCUACUGACCAGAAUACACGCGCAAAAAAAAGCUAACCACCAGUACGAUACAGCGCCUAUAAAUUAUCUUAAACAGUUGCUGGCAGAAAUUAAAAAUAAAAUAAAAGAAGAAAUAAAAAAAAACAUAGAAAGUCACUGGACAAAAAUAGCAAAAAAAAUAGACUACAGAAAUUCGGAUAAGUUUUUCCCAAUUAUAAACAAAGUGUUUAGACCAAGAAGCUGGCAAGACAUGCCAAAUAUACACAUCAAAACAACAAACGCAACCAUAAUAAACAGAAGCCAAUGUAAUAAAGCACAUGCAAUAGAACUGGAUGAUGAAUACAUAAUAGAAGACACAAAAGAUAAACUAAACGUCAUUGGAGCAUACUACGAAACCAUCAAUUCACCAAGAUACUUGAAUACAAACACACGACUGAAAGAAAUAGUUGACCAAACAGUAAAUGAAUUCAUCACCAAAUACAACGAAGACCGUCAGAAAAAUAAAACAACCACCACCUUCUCAACUAUAAAUAAAGCCUAUACACCUAACACAGAACCAGACACUCCAAAAUACUUCUGCUCAAUAGCAGAAGUACAUAUGAUACUCAAGAAACUGCCAAAUAAAACAUCAACAGGACUGGAUAAUAUACCAGCUAUAGUACUAAAACAUCUAACGCCAAGAAUAAUCAAAGACUACACAGUAAUUUUCAAUAAUGCACUAAAUAACAAAUACUUCCCAGAAUCAUGGAAAACUGCAAAAACAAUACCGAUAUAUAAAAAAGGAAAACCACUGAACCAUCCAGCAAGCUACAGACCGAUAAGUCUGACACCUAACAUCAGCAAGGUAUACGAAGCAGUCAUCAGAAAUUCAAUACAGGCACACUGUAAAAACGAGAAAAUAAUACCCAACAAUCAGUUUGGCUUUCGACAUCAACACUCCACCGUGCACGCGAUCCACAAACUUUUAUCAGACGUUAACCUACAUUUACUUAAAAAAGAAAUAAUCGCAGCAACCCUAAUAGACCUGGAGAAAGCCUUUGACUCAGUAUGGAUAUUCGGCCUGAUAUUCAUACUGAUUCGAAGAAAAUUCCCAACAAUGCUGGUAGAAAUGAUAUGGAAUAUGAUAACCGACAGAAAAUACAUCAUAUGGGAUGGAAUGAACAUGUAA